CGUUACCUUCCAGUGACGUCAAGUGUAUCCCAUGAUUCACACGUGCAAGACUUAUGGCGGACGUCUUCCGCCAGAGAGCUCAGCAAAGAUGGAAGAUUCUGGCUUCCGUUAUCAAAAAGGAAUGUUUAGAAAAAGAUGAUCAGAAGGUAUCUGUGCGUAGAUUUGCGGGAUUUAACUUGUUUUCUAAAAAGAUCGUGCAGAUUGAGUCAGAGUUGAACGAAAAUGAAGCCGAUUAUGAGUGGGUUGAAUAUCGACCUAGAGCCGAAAUUGCUACAACCGGUAACAGCUUAGAUAACACAUUGAUGUUAAUCAAACAACGGUGUAGAAAAGUUGUCCUUGAAGAUUUGACUGGUUUUGAUAACACUGGCAACGUUUGCUUGUGGCCGUCAGAAGAAGUGCUAGCUUCAUAUGUGCUCAAACGCAAAGAUCAGUUUUGUGGGAAAGCAGUUUGUGAACUCGGUGCUGGUAUGACGGGGUUAGCUGGAAUCGCUCUGGCAGUCAUGGGAAAUCCUUUGAAAGUUUUACUUACAGACGGUAAUGAAGACUGCGUGAAAAAUAUGGAAGCUGUUGUACGGCAGAAUAAAUCAUCGUUUGGUUCAACUAUUGUCCAGUCCGAACAGGUGCUUUGGGAAAUCAACUCAGAUUUAUCUCAUUUGGAAUCACAAUUUGAUUUUAUAAUCGGUGCAGACUGUUUGUUUUUCAACCAGUCUCACUAUGGUUUGCUUCACGUCAUUGCUGUUCUUCUCAAAGAGGCUGGUUUUGCCGUCAUUAUGGCACCACAAAGAAAGGAUACUCGUGAAACAUUCUGCAGCAAGGCCUCAUCUCAAUUUAGUGUGGAGAAGAUUGAAAAUUAUGACCCAGUUGUGUGGUCACAGCACCAAGCAGCUAAAAACGAAGACCCACUUUAUGAUGAAGACAUCCAUUACCCAAUGUUAUUGCUUCUUACAAAGAAAAACUAAAAAAAAAUGCAAGUGAAUUACCCUAGAAUUUGAGGUGACUUUUUGUCAAUUUUUGCUUCAGUGGACGGAGUAUUAUCUGACCAGAAUUUAAACCAGAAUCUGUGCUUUUCCAAGAAAUUUUGAUUAGUACUAGUACAGUAAGAUGGAAUAAAAAAUCCACAAAUUUUAUUUUGCA